AACGUGCUAGAUACCAGCUCCUGUUACCACAACCAGCGGGUUUGACGACGGAGGGCGAGAUUGUGAAGCUCUAAUCCUAAGCGCGGGUUUAGGGUUUUGCGACAAAUCCAAGCUCAGGCAAUCUGUGAGGCGGUGUCGGCACGCAUCGGAAUUCGGCAUUCGAAUGCAAUUAGAUCAGUUUGAGAUCAUACAGGAGAGCAGGAAUUCAUGACCUUCUGACCCUGCAGCUGGUUGAUCGGAAGAACCCUAUUGCUUCGUCGAAACGGUAAACAUCCCAGUUUCUGACGACGUUCGUUUGUUUUCAGAAACCCCGAGAGUGCUGUGUUGUGGUGUUGACACCGCAAGGACUGCCUUGAAUAUGGAGGAAAGACAAGUAGAAGAAGGGGACCAGAGCGGACAGAAGCAGGAGGGGCGUUGAAAUGUGAGUUAGCUGAUGACCCCACAAGCGAAGUUUACAACGGGCCACGGUUCAAUCCGGCAUUGUGCAGAAUGCGAAUUUUUUCCUGGAACGUGAAUGGGUUGCGCACUACCCUCAAGGAUGUCGCUGCUUGCCACACUUCGGCCUCGAAUUACUUCUGCCAGGUUCUCAAUGCCGACAUCGUGUGCUUUCAGGAGGCAAAGAUACAAGAAGAGAAAUUAGAAAAGUGGAUCGCAUGUGUGGAUGGCUACCACUCUCAUUGGGCUUUUAGCAGAGAAAAGAAGGGUUAUAGUGGUGUAGUUACGUACGUGAAAGAAGCAUUAUCACCACUAGACGCGAAGGCAGAUUGGCUGGGAGAGAAUUCGUCAGCAGAAGACUUGUGUAACGAAGGGCGAUUGAUGUGCACGGACCAUGGAAGCUUUGUGCUGUUAAAUGUUUAUGUCCCCAAUUCAGGUGACGGUGAUAAAGGUCGUCCACGUUUGGAUUUCAAAAUGCGAUACUUGAAAGCUCUCGAACAGACAUUUCACGCAGGUGACGACCUAGUGAGAUCAGGCAAACAUAUUGUGAUAGUAGGGGAUUUUAAUGUUGCACAUAAAGAUAUCGACGUUCAUUCUCGAUGGAAAGUUGAGGAAAUAUACAGUCUAGAAGAGAGAGAAUGGCUUGAUGGCUUUUUGUCGAGGUACAUUGAUUUGUAUCGGCACUUCCAUCCAGAUGAAAAAAAUAUUUUUUCUGUCUGGGAUCAGAAAUCAGAUGCUCGUACUCGUAAUGAAGGAUUACGGAUUGACUAUGCGAUUUGUAAUGAAGGCUUUUUGACGGAAGUGUUGGAGACUGACAUCGUGAAAAUGCAAAAGCAAUGGAGUGAUCACGCUGCUGUGGUGGUGACACUUAAAGAGCAACCGAACCUACCACCCCAUCCAGCUCCAGCUUUGAGCUCUUGCAACAUGAAACGGUUCAUUGCAGAUCCUCGUCAAAAGAAACUCACUGCACUCUUCAAUAAAUGUCCUAAUCGUCAAGUUACUACUAUUGUGUCCGAUAAAAUUGUGGAAGACGAAGGCGAUGAACUCCACUCGAAAUCGGAAAUGAGUAUAGACGCACUUAGCAUGCAGAAGGAUGUUACAAGAAAAUCGAAUACUCCUGUUUGUAAAGAGCAUCCGGUUUUUGAAGAGCGAGGUGAGUCUGUAAAAGCUGAGGUUACUCCUGCAACAAGUGCUGUAACUGAUAGGGUGGUGGAUAUUGCUGAUCCCACUCGAGAGGCUGUUGAAUUACCUGUAUAUGUCAGCAACAGUGACGCAACAAUGAGUACAGAUUCUUCGAACAAAGAGAGUACAUCUCAAAACAAAGGAAAAAAAUUGACUUCGCUUGGGAAAAGAAAGCUUGAAGCUGAUACCAAGGGGCUCAACAAGCAACGUAGUGUAGCCUCGUUCUUCAAAGCCGCAAAUGCCAAAUGAGUCUUGGCAAAGGAUGAGAUUAUGUUGUAGAUACUUGAACUGCCGACUGAGACUUCCCAUCAGUUAAAUUCUAUUUUUCUGAAGAUUCUAGAUGAUGGGUUAAGGCAUCUGAAGACCUCUUUGUAACAUUCAACAUCAUCACUCACUUGGAGGUAGACAGUGGGUUGAGAUUUGCUCUUGAAAGAAUUUUGAUACAGAAGCUUGUGCCACUGCUGUAACCUUUCAUCGUUCUCGCCGAUUCUUAAUGAAUCGUCGCAGGACGACUAUUGCAAGAACCACAUAUCCCAGCGAAAUAACAGUUUAGAUCAGAAUUGAAAAACUGAAAUGUACAGUUGCUGAUUCAUGGUGAGCAACAUAUUCUUCA